CUGCAAAAAAAAAAAAAAAGGGCGAACUCAGGUUCCUGGGUCCCUGCUCCACCUCCUGCUGUGUUCUUAUUGGGCUGUGCUGCUCUGAGGAGAGGUCCCUCAAAGCCCAGCCCUCCUCACCCUCAGCACAGCCUGAAGCUUCAUGGUUUCUCUCUUCUCAGUCUGACCUUCUAAAUUGACUCCUUCAUAUAAUUUGUGCUUAGGGAGAUGAUACCACCUACAGGUUGGGCAUAGAAACAGUGUCCAGCGGUGUGCUCUGCUGUGUCGAAGGCUUCCGCUAGGAGUGUGUGCAUCUUCCACACCCACAGCAGAGAGGUUGCCUCGCCCUCAUCACCCUUCGCCAAGUAUAGGUGGGGCACAGCACAGCCCAGCAGCUGAUGGAGAGCCAGCCUUGAGCCCUUUGCUGGUGUCUAACUCACCCCCUUUCCCCUGGGAUCCAUGCUUAAGGUCCCCCACAUGACCAUUGAUCAUAAAUCUUGUUGCAGAUAGGAGCUGGGCUUGGCGUGGGGCCAAGAGCCUGCCAGCCCCCGGAGCAGAAUGGAGUGGGCAGCGGAGUAAACCGCCGGGUGAGGCUGCUGGUUUACCGGGCCUCCUCCCACGUUCUUUCCUCCUCCACGUGAUCGUGAUCAUUUCCUCCAGGACGGUCUUGGCAUGUUUCCAUCCAUAUGGAAGAGACGGCCUGGGAGGACUGGAUGGGAGUUGGUGUGUGUGAGCGAGCGAGCGACUCAAGAGGCUUCAGAGGGUUAAAACCAGCAGUCAGAAGACCGGCAGAGGCUCCCCUGUGGGGGAAAUUCGGUCAGAAGACCGGGGAGGAUCCCUGUGGGGAAAUUCACAACGAUGCAGCAUCUGCACUUCCUGACUCUGAAGGCCAAAUGGGAUGCCCCUGGCCCUCCUCUCCCCACUCCCCAGCAUCAAAGACAGCAUUUCCAGCCCAAACACCUUCAGAGCAGCCCUGGCGACAGAGAGGAUCGAGGAACUGACUCCAGGUGCCGCACCUGAGUCUGUCUAUCCUAACACCCAGAAUCAGACAUCCCCGUUGUCCUGGGGUCAGUCCCCACCCCAAACUCAAAGGGGGGGCGGUCAGGACGUCUGCACGUGGUGCUUUGUGCUCCGGCAGGUGCACCCGGACUCCACGAUGUCUGCGCAACUUCCAAGCCCUGUUUUGCAGCCCUGCCCGUAGACUCUCCCUCAAGAGUGUCUGGCCUUAGCGGUCUUCAGAUUGGCUUCUUAAACGGAGGGAGGCGGACCGGGGGCGGGGUUCCUUGGUCAUUUACUUGUCAGUGGUGUGCCUGGUUUCCGCUCUCUUCCGGGCGUGGAGGAGGUGUCAUCGCAGGCCCCUCCACGGGCGUCCUCUGGUCUACAAGCCAGGAUGACAGGGACAGCGAGGACGGUGACCAGCCUUCCCCUGUGAUCCCUGUGGACCCCGAUGCCUGCAUCCUUCCCGAUGCUGCGCUGUGCGCGUUCACCGUGCUGGACAGUGUGCUGGUCACCCUGGUGCAGGGCCCCGCCCGGUGGAAGAUGCAGCUGUUUGAGCAGCCCUGUCCUGGGGAGGACCCCCGGCCAGGAGGCCAGAUCGGUGAGGUGGAGCUGUCCACCUACGCCCCCCCAGCCGGGGUCCCAGGAAAGCCUGCAGACCCCCACUUCCUUCCAGUGCUAUGCUGUGUGUCACCGUCAGGCUCCAGGGUGCCGCGUGACCUCCUUGGGGGCCCUGGGGGCUUCACGCUGGAGGACGCCCUCUUCGGGCUCCUCUUUGGAGCUGAUGCCACCCUCCUGCAGUCACCUGUGGUCCUCUGUGGUCUCCCUGAUGGCCAGCUCUGCUGUGUGAUCCUGAAGGCCCUGGUCACCUCCAGGUCAGCCCCUGGUGACCCAAAUGCCCUUGUCAAGAUCCUCCAUCACCUGGAGGAGCCUGUCAUCUUCAUAGGGGCCUUGAAGACAGAGCCACAGGCUGCAGAAGCUGCAGAGAAUUUUCUGCCUGACGAGGAUGUGCACUCUGACUGCCUGGUGGCCCUUGGUCACCAUGGCCGGAUGCUGGCCAUCAAGGCCAGCUGGGAUGAGUCUGGGAAGCUGGUGCCCGAGCUGCGGGAGUACUGCCUCCCAGGCCCCGUGCUCUGCGCUGCCUGUGGCGGGGGUGGCCGCGUGUACCACAGCACCCCUUCUGACCUCUGUGUGGUGGAUCUGUCUCGGGGAAGCACCCCGCUGGGCCCCGAGCAGCCCGAAGAAGGCCCGGGAGGCCUGCCCCCCAUGCUGUGCCCAGCCAGCCUGAACAUCUGCAGUGUCGUCUCUCUGUCCGCCUCUCCCAGGACGCGUGAAGGUGGCACCAAGCUCCUGGCCCUGUCCGCCAAAGGCCGCUUGAUGACCUGCAGCCUGGACCUAGACUCGGAGAUUCCUGGCCCAGCCAGGAUGACCACAGAGAGUGCAGGCCGGAAAAUUAAGGAGCUGCUGUCUGGAAUUGGCGACAUCUCUGAGAGAGUGUCUUUUCUAAAGAAAGCGGUUGACCAGCGGAACAAGGCCCUGACAAGCCUCAACGAGGCCAUGAACGUGAGCUGUGCACUGCUGUCGAGCGGCGCGGGCCCCAGGCCCAUCUCCUGCACCACCAGCACCACCUGGAGCCGCCUGCAGACACAGGACAUGCUCAUGGCCACCUGCGUGCUAGAGAACAGCAGCAGCUUCAGCCUGGACCAGGGGUGGACCCUGUGCAUCCAGGUGCUCACCAGCUCCUGUGCCCUUGACCUGGACUCGGCCUGCUCGGCCAUCACCUACACCAUCCCCGUGGACCAGCUCGGCCCCGGUGCUCGGCGGGAGGUGACACUACCCCUGGGCCCUGGUGAGAACGGCGGGCUCGACCUGCCUGUGACCGUGUCCUGCACGCUGUUCUACAGUCUCAGGGAGGUGGUGGGCGGGGCCCUCGCCCCCUCGGACUCUGAGGACCCCUUUCUGGAUGAGUGCCCCUCCGACGUCCUGCCUGAGCAAGAGGGCGUUUGCCUGCCCCUGAGCAGGCACACAGUGGACAUGCUGCAAUGUCUGCGCUUCCCUGGCCUGGCCCCGCCACACACACGGGCCCCCUCCCCACUGGGCCCCACCUGCGAUCCCGUGGCCACUUUUCUGGAAACUUGUCGGGAGCCUGGCAGCCAGCCAGCAGGACCCGCCUCCCUGCGGGCCGAGUUCCUGCCCCCAUCUGUGGCUUCCAUCAAAGUGUCAGCGGAGCUGCUCAGGGCUGCCUUGAAGGACGGCCACUCAGGUGUGCCCCUGUGCUGUGCCACCCUGCAGUGGCUCCUUGCUGAGAAUGCUGCUGUGGACAUCGUGAGGGCUCGAGCGCUGUCUUCCAUCCAGGGAGUGGCCCCUGAUGGCGCUGACGUUCACCUCAUCGUCCGAGAGGUGGCCAUGACCGACCUCUGCCCAGCCGGGCCCAUCCAGGCAGUGGAGAUCCAAGUGGAAAGCUCCUCUCUGGCCGACAUUUGCAGGGCGCACCAUGCCGUUGUCGGGCGCAUGCAGACGAUGGUGACAGAGCAGGCCGCCCAGGGCUCCAGCGCUCCUGAUCUCCGUGUGCAGUAUCUCCGCCAGAUCCAUGCCAACCACGAGACGCUGCUGCGGGAGGUGCAGACCCUGCGCGACCGGCUCUGCACAGAGGAUGAGGCCAGCUCCUGCGCCACCGCCCAGAGGCUGCUGCAGGUGUACCGGCAGCUGCGCCACCCCAGCCUCAUCCUGCUGUGACCAGGCGGGCCUGCCCUGGCCACGGCUCUGGUUACGCUUCCAGCCUCUGUAACAGCCCCCCAGGCCUUCGUGGUUUUAGAGGAAAACUGAGUUGGCCUGGUCAGAGCCGUCAGGGAAGGUGUGACCUGGCCACGUGGGAACAGAACACUCAUGAAAGUGCUUGAAGGCCGCGAAGCACAAAGCAGAUUCUGAUUGGGAGCAACCGAGGUGGGCUCUGAACCUGGCCGGUCCAGCUUCGCGUCCUCUGCUGGUCUCUCUCCUCCUCUGACCGCGGCCGCAGCCCCUGCACUCGCCUUCCUCACUGCUGGGCAGCCUUCCCGCCGCAGCAGCAGCCCCUGAGGCCGGGAGGCGGUGCGGUGCAUUCUGGACCCUAAGGGCCGGAGAAACAGGAUUUCUGGGGUUUGGACUUGGGGUGAGUUUGUAACUGUUGCUGCCGCACCACCAGGAGCACCAGCUGCCCCUCUGGGUGGCGCUACCAGGCGCCCCACGGUACCCCUGUCACACUGUUCACACCUGCCCGGCUGCCCACUCUGGGACCCCGAGGUGGGAGGGUGCUCCCUGAGACCAAAGCACAAAACAGCAUGCAGGGAGCUCCUGCAAGUGCCCGUGGCCUCGCGCCACACCAAGGAAGGGCCAUCGGGUGGCCUGUGGCCGGAAUGCUCAACAACUAGGUGCCCCCGGCCGGGGCUGUACCCAGCACUGUGCACUAUUAUCAGGGCCACUCGGUGGCGCUGUGGCCUGGGGGUGCCCUGAGCCCCAGCCCCCAGCCCCCUCCCUCAGACUGGGCUACGGCCCGCCUCCUGGUGCUGGUGUUUUCAUCCGGGGAGGGUGCUCGUGCCUCCCGCUGCAGGCACUGUCCGCGAAGAGUGCGGGUAGGAGCCGUGAGGUGCUUCUCUGCUGUGACAAACGACCCUGUCUGUGAAA